AUGCGCAUGAUUUGUCGCCAUGUGACGCCUCCAGCUCUAUCAUUGUCUCCAUUCUUCGCACCCGCACGGCUUUGGCAAUGGCUGAGAGGCGUUCGUCUCGUCGUGCUUCUUGCCUGUCUGGCUUCUAUAGCCACCGUCCAUGCACAGACACCUGGCCAGAUCAAGGCCCUCAGAAAGGAGGCUGAGGAUCUCUUCUAUCAUGGCUUCGAGAAUUACAUGUCCUAUGCCUUCCCCGAGGAUGAACUGCGUCCAAUCUCCUGCAAGCCCUUGACACGCGACCGCGACAACCCCGCCCAUAUCGAAGUCAAUGACCCGCUGGGAAACUAUUCUUUGACCCUCAUCGAUAGUCUGUCCACUCUCGCGAUAUUAGCCUCCAAGCCGUCGAGUUCAAAGCACAAUAAACCCCUUCGCCUUUUUCAGGACAGUGUCAGGGAUUUGGUCGAGCAGUAUGGUGAUGGCUCCGAUGGGCCGUUAGGUCAAGGGCUAAGAGCAAGAGGAUUCGAUCUGGACAGCAAGGUACAGGUCUUCGAGACAGCGAUACGAGGUCUUGGUGGGCUGUUGAGCGCUCAUCUAUUUGCGGUUGGCGAGCUGCCAAUCCGCGGCUACGGCCCUCCUCAAGAGCAGGCUGCAUAUGCUCAAGUAUGGCAGAAGGAUCAGUACAAUGGCAAGAAGCAGGGCAUCCUUUGGCCUAAUGCAUUUGAAUAUAACGGUCAACUUCUUCGGCUCGCCUAUGACCUUGGGAAUCGCCUGAUUCCCGCCUUCUGGUCUUCAACUGGCAUUCCAUAUCCUCGUGUCAACCUUCGCCACGGGAUCCCGUUUUACGUCAACUCCCCCCUAAAUUCUGGCGUUGAGAACGGUCAAUGUGAUGCUCGCUCAGGAACACCUGAAAUCACCGAGACAUGCAGUGCCGGUGCCGGAAGUUUGGUACUUGAGUUUACAGUCUUGACCCGGUUAACGGGGGAUCCCCGCUUUGAAGAACUCGCAAAAAGAGCGUUUUGGGCGAUCUGGCAGAGGCGCAGUGCUAUCGACCUGAUUGGAGGCGGAAUCGACGCAGAAAGUGGAAGCUGGAUCGGCACUUGGACUGGCAUCGGUGCUGGCAUCGACAGCUUCUUUGAAUAUGCCCUGAAGUCGCACAUCCUUCUAUCACGAGAAGCUCAUCCGGUCUACAAAUACACAAACGCCUCACAAGACCCAAGGUCACUUCAUCAAUCCUUACCUGUGGAGGACUCGACUUCUGAGGCCUUUCUCGAUGCCUGGAACGUCGCUCAUGCCGCGAUCAAGCGGCACCUCUAUCGUGGGUCGACAUAUCAGCACCCACACUAUAUCCAGGCUGAUUUCUCCACUGGCGCCGCGAGAGGAUUCUGGAUUGACGCAUUGAGUGCAUACUAUCCGGGCGUACUCACCCUUGCUGGAAACGUUGACGAAGCCGUGGAAACCCAUCUUCUACAGACGGCCCUCUGGACAAGAUUCUCUGCUCUACCAGAGCGGUGGAAUAUCGUGACUGGAGGCAUCGAAGGCGGGCUUGGUUGGUGGAUAGGCCGGCCAGAGUUCAUUGAGUCUACCUAUUAUCUCUACCGCGCCACAGAAGACCCGUGGUAUUUUCACGUCGGGGAAAUGGUGCUGCGGGAUAUCAAACGACGAUGUUGGACCAGGUGUGGCUGGGCGAGCAUCCAAAACGUGCUCACUGGAGAGCAGACGGACAGGAUGGAGAGCUUCUUCCUCGGGGAGACUGCAAAAUACCUCUUUCUCCUGUUCGAUCCAACGCAUCCUCUCAAUCACCUGGAUGAACCUUUCGUCUUCACGACUGAGGGCCAUCCAUUGAUCAUUCCCCGAAGCGUUGGCAGCAGCUCCGACCUCGGGGCUCUUCGGCGUCCAGUGCACGGCGAAGCAUCAUUCUGUCCUGCCAAACCCUCACCCCUGCCACUGACUAUCUCCAGUAUUGCCUCGAGGGGUGAUGUCUACCACGCCGCUAGUCUGGCCAGACUUCAUCUCAUGCCUCACAGGGACAAUGUCGAAUCCGCUCUCGGUGAAUACGCGGCGGACCACCCGAGCAUUACGUUGCUGGACAUCAGCUCACCUUCCAAUCAUACCUACUAUCCGUGGACGCUGCCCCCGGAGCUAGUCCCGUGGAAUGCCUCAAGUUCUCUCAUUCCGACUAGACCGACACUCGACAUUUCGUUCCCGGCGAUGUCUCCCGCAGGCCAACCUGUUCCUCCUCUCCAACGUGUGAAAGAUGGGAUCUUGAUCAACACGAUCGGCGGCUUGCGGCUCGGAAUGAUUCAGGAUUACCCUUUGCUUUUCGACGACGGUUUCCACGAUACAUUCCGGAUCCAAACGAUCAACAACAUCCCCCUGGGUAAGGACGAGAAGGUGUACCUGGCACGUGAAACGGGCAGAGACGUCCUUAGCCCUGCAGAUCCCAAUUUUAUGCGCAUUCGCAAUGCCGUUAUGCUGGACCUGGUAAUUGAUCUAGACGGGUCAAUCGAAGAAUCAGACGCUGGGAAAGCCAAUGAACCAGCAGCAACUGCAGCAGGCCAGAAAUCUGAAGACGGUGGAGAAGCAUCGAUGGUUAUCGAUCUUCCACAGUUCGACGAUGGUGCGAACGACGGCGCCAUGCGGGCGGCGUGGAACGCAAUCGUCUCUCAGAUCUCUAGCCUCAUUCGAGAAAGCCGCGCUCCAUCUCCCUGGCCCUUCUCAACGCCUCUCUCACUCGUUACGCCCCCAGCAACUUCUAGGCUUGCCUCUUCCUCUACGUCAUCGUCCUCAAAAAAAGGCGGACAAGGUAAUUUGCUACGGUAUCACCUCUCUGCAGUAACGCCGACCGGCCCAGGCGCCGCACCACUGCCAGACUGGCCUGAAGUCUCCACCCUGCUAUCGCCUGGCGCUGCCCUCCCUGCGUUGUCGUGGACAAAGAUCUACGUGACGGACGAACUUUGCGACCACAGAAUACCUCUCAGUGUAGUCAGACAGCACCAGAUCCUCGUGGUGAAAAGGGGGAAGUGCGACUUUAGUGCGAAGCUGGAGAACAUCCCAGCAUACAAGGCGGGCGCGCAGGCGCUGCAAUUGGUGAUUGUCGUGUCGUAUGAGCAGAACGACGCUGAGGAGCACGGCGAUGCCGAAGGAGACCUAGAAGGCGAAGCACACCAAGGCAGCGCUGGGGACAUCCCGAAUGAUAGCGGCGCAUACGACGACCUCAACCUGAUCCGCCCCUACCUGCACCGCCGACAAACCACACCCGCGGGAUUACCCCGUCGGAAUCCGAUCCCCAUGGUCCUCGUGGGCGGCGGGCAGCGGGUGUACGACGUCUUCAAGAACGCCGCCGUCCGCGCCGUGGGCGUCAAGAGACGGUAUCAUGUCGAGACGAAAGGGGUCAGGAUUGCGAAUUUGGAGAUUGUGUAG